AUGUAUUCGGAUAGUGACUCGGAGUCAUCAGAGUCUGACACUGUGGUCACCAUGUUCGAGGAGGAGGUGUUCACCAGGCAGUACACGGUGUUGAAGACCUUGGGCCAGGGUGGCACUUCCGAUGUGAGGCUGUGCUCCCACCGCCUUACAGGUGCCCCAGUUGCUGUCAAGGCUCUUUUGAGGGAGAGGUGGUCGGACCCAACAGUGCCCGAAGCGGACAUUAUGAAAAUGCUCAGUCACCCAAACAUCGUCUCGCUUGUGCAAGUAAUUGAGACAGAACACACAACUUAUUUAAUUAUGGAAGUUGCCAGAGGAGAAGAGCUACUUAAACGAGUCCGGGACGCUGGAUGCCUGAAAGAAGAUGAAGCUAGGAGCAUAUUUGUUCAGUUGCUCAGUGCCAUAGGCUACUGUCACGGUAAAGGUGUGGUGCACAGGGACAUAAAGCCUGACAAUAUCAUAGUGGGUGAGGAUGGAAAGGCUACACUUAUUGAUUUCAGCCUCGGAGACACAUUCCUACCUGGGCAAAAACUGGAAAGGCUGUGUGGAGCCUUCCAGUUCAUUGCUCCAGAGAUCUUCCGAGGCCUACCCUACGAUGGCACAAAAGUAGAUAUGUGGGCCUUGGGGGUCAUUUUAUAUUAUAUGACCACCGGAUUCCUGCCAUUUGGAGGAGGAACCCUGUCGGAACUGAGCAGCAAGGUGAUGAAUGGAAAAUACCGUACACCGGAUCAUCUCUCCAAAGAUAUUAGGAGCAUGAUUAGCCUCCUGCUAACUGUCAACCCAAGGCAGAGGCCAAAUGCGCAAGAACUCGUAAGCCAUCCAUGGCUCCAGCAAGGGGGAAAGACUUUGACAUUCCAUUACAACAGUGACACCAGAUUCCCAGACCCUGAUAUAAUGGGGGCCAUGGAAAGCCUUGGCUUUCAUUCCCAAGACAUAAGAGAAGCUUUAAAACACAAGGAGUUUGACGAAACUAGGGCAACAUACCACCUAUUGAAAAGCCUGGCAAAUCAGGAUGAUGGCAAUUAUGUGCAAAGAGAUGUCACUAACCCAGGAGUGACACCUUUCCCUUCAGCAACAGAUCCUAUCACUUACCCUCUGCCUCCCAGGAGAAGGGCCAGUGAACCUUCCCUUAAAAUACGAGUGUCAUCUACUGGACAACGUCCUGGGGAGACAAAUGCCCCUGUUGCACCCAAGAAGACACCCCCUAUGGGCAGUCGUCAGCAAAGAAGAAUGACUGCCCCUUGCAUCUGCAUCGCUACUUACACUGUCGUGGAAGUAAUCGAAACCCUCGAUAACACCUUCUCCUCUAGCUCCCAGUUCGACAAGGCCCCAAGUGAGCCAGAAAGAAGGAGACCUUUUACUCCAAGACCCCCGCAGCCUCAGGGAUGGGCCAAAUGGAAGAAACGAAUUUCGAAUUGCGUCAGGAUUCUAUGCUGCUGCUGCAUGUCACCUGACACAACAAGCCGG